AUGCCUUCCCUGAAACACAUAAUUCUGAUCACGGAUGAUGUUCUAAAGGGUGCUAUCGAUUUCAAUGAUUUACUGAAGGAGACAUCUGAUGAGAAGAAAUCAGGAAUACUAUUGAGAAAUGCCAAUAUCUCUAUGGAUGAUGCUGUGUGGAUUGGCCUUACUUCAGGAAGCACGGGAAAGCCUAAGUACUGCCCAAUGCCCAAUAGAGUCAUUAUUCACAUGGCUCGUUGCUUCGGUCUCAGGACAGCUCAUUCCAAAGGCACCAUUAUGUUCAAUGAUCGUCCAAUGUCCUGGGCAGGGGGUGCAGUGUCAUUUGCAUUUGCCUUAGCAAAUGAGUACACAAUAGUAACAAUCGAUGUGAAACAAACAGUGAAGAAUUCUGGGCCAGAGACCAUCUUACAGCUUAUCCGGGAUGAGAAAGUAAACAUUGCUCUUUUAAUGCCGUAUCUAAUGUAUGAUGUUAUAAACAUGGAAACUGAAGAGCGCAAGAAAUAUAGCAUUUCCUCAUUAAAGGUGAUACUCACAGGAGGCCAGAGAAUAGAUCCAGUUCUCAUUGAGAGUGUCAAAACAAUAUUAGGUGUUGGAGUGACUAUUGGCUAUGGUAUGACAGAAGGUGGAGGGAUUACCUGUAUGUUUCCCCAUGCUGACUUCACCAAGCAGCAUUUAACUGUUGGAUACGGGGUUGCCCAUGUUGAGAUCAGCAUAAGAGAUAAAGAUAACAAGAUUGUACCUAUUGAUACCCAGGGGGAAAUAUGCACCAGGGGACCAAAUAUAUUCCAUGGCUACUUUAACGAUGAGGAGAAAACAAGAGAAGUGAUCGAUCAAUAUGGUUGGCUCCACACAGGGGACAUUGGCACUCUAACCAAAUAUGGUUAUGUCACAAUCGUGGGCCGCCUUAAGGAAUUCAUCAAACGGGGUACCGUUAUUGUUCGACCAAGUAAGAUAGAAAAUAUACUCGUUGAGCACCCGAGCAUCCAUCAAGUCCAAGUAGUUGGUGUUCCUGACCCUCGACUUUUUGAGGAACUCUGCGCAUGUAUCAAGGUCAAAGAUGGACAGAUGCUAACUGAGGCAGAAAUCAAAGAAUGGUGUGCUGAAGUGUUUGGAGACUUCACAGCGGAUGGUCUGAACAGUGCACCGAGGUAUUUCCUCAUGUUAGAUGAGAUACCUACACUUAUGAAUGGAAAGAUUGAUCGUAAUGGCUUGAAGAAACUUGCAACAGAAAAAUUUGGACAAUAAAUCAAAAAGAUACUAAAUGACAUUUAUCUAGAUCAUUUCUGAAAGAAAAAUAGGUCAAAGUAGGGUCGAAAUGUUCUUUUGAUGUAUAACAUUACAUCACAACUAGAACGGAUUUUAAAAGGGGAAUACUGCAAGGAUAAUAUCAAUAUUUUUCAAGGAAUACAUAGAGGUUAUUUACUUGGAGGGAUUCAAUAUGGGUUUUAUUCCAAGGAACCCAUAUUGAAACCAACCAGUAAAUAAGCUUUUUAUCCCAUGAUAUCCAGAACUCUCUCCAUAAAAUCAUAAGUUCAAUAUCCGUA